UUCUAUUCACAAUUCAUUUUUACUAUCGUACAGGCAAGAGUGGGCGGUCAGAUACGAAGCUUGUGGGACAAAGAAAGACCUCGUUCAUUAACAGCGUAUUGGACACAGUGCAGUGCUCAUGGGGUGCUUCGGAAUAUGUUUACUACAUCUUUUGUGUAUACUUUUUUAAAAUAUAUUUUGGGAUAUAGAAGUCAAAGUAUUGACUUGGGAAUUUGGGAUAUGUAAGUCAACCAAAAAUAACUGCUGGAGUGGGCAGGGUUAAUCAGAAUUGCUUUGGGAAUGGGAAUUAACCAUACAGACCUGCUCUAAUAAAUUAUGAAGAACAGGCUAAACCCAAGCUGCUUUGAAGAUUGUAUAGCUGCAGUCUCCUACUGAAUAUAGAUUUCACGCUUUAUCUGUAUUUAUAACUAACAAAGACGUCAAGGUGCUGUAUUUGGAACAUGAAACAUUAAUUUCAAGACAAUACUGUAUGGCAAUAUACUGCAAUGUGAAGCAUGACAACCGAAUGGCGAAUGGUGGCUUGAUGAUAUGACAAAUAACCUACGAGCAGAAACAGGAUGAUGAACAAUGGUUGUGUGAUGCAUAAUCCAGUCAGCAGGGAGGAAGGGCUACACCUGUUUCCUUUUCCUGAAAGGAAAGCUUUGUCGAUUGUCUCUAUGUUAGGUGUUCCUGUUACCCCCGUUAUGGUCUCCACCUCCAGCCGCAUAGUAGAAGUGGAGGAACACUCAGAGGCCAAGCUUUCCUGUGAGUUUAAGACAGAGAAAGAUCAGAAUCCUCGCAUCGAGUGGAAGAAAAUGGAAGAAAAAGGCACCUCCUUUGUCUACUUUAAUGGCAGCUUCGCAGGAUUUUAUAUGGGACGUGCAAAGAUGGAAGGGGCAACAAUAACAUUACAGAAGGUGACACUGAAGGAUGUUGGAGAAUAUCGCUGUGAGGUCAGCGCUGCUGCUGACGAUGUCCAGCUGGGAGAGACCAUUCUCACUCUAAAAGUGUUGGUACCUCCACACAUCCCGUCCUGUGAGAUCCCGAGCUCUGCGCUGACCGGAUCUAGAGUGGCAUUGCGCUGUAGGGACAAGUACAGUAUUCCUCCUGCAAGCUACACCUGGUACAAAGACAAGAAUCCUGUCUUUCCACCGCGCCAUACCAAUGCCACUUACUCUGUCAGCAAGGAGACAGGCAUUCUUACAUUUCGUACAGUUACCAUAGCUGACUCAGGACUGUACCACUGUGAGGCCAACAAUGGGGUUGGAAAGCCAAAGAGCUGUGUCGGAAAUCACAUGACGGUUGAUGAUCUAAAUGUUCCAGGGAUUGUAGCCGGGAUUGUCAUUUUUUGCAUGAUCAUAACUUUAUGCACUCUUGGGGUCUGUUAUGCCCACCGACAAGGCUACUUUAACCAACCCGAUCCCAUUUGAAGGUCUAGUAGUGUCUGGCAAACUGAAGACCCUCAAGUUUGUUUUUGGAUGAGAGUAGAGACUUUUUUCUUGAAGCCCUUCCAAACAACUUGUGGUGAUGUCGGUGACUUCGGAUUGUAGUUUGGGAGACUUUCUGACCCCAAGACACAACUAACUUCUGCAAUUCUCCAGCUGUGAUACUUGGAGAUUUUUAUCCACUCGAACCGUCCUCUUCACAGUGUGUUGAGACGAUAUAGACACACGUCCAAUUCCAGGUUGAUUCAUAACAUUUCCAGUUGACUGGAACAUCUUAAUUACCUGAUGGUGGAAAUGGGCGUUUUCAAUGCUUGUGCUAUUUUCUUAUAGACUCUUGCCACAAUCACAGCUAUAUUCCUUGUUCUUACCCAUUGUUAUGAAUGACUAAGGGAAUUUGGCCUAUGUGUUACCUCAUGUUUAUACCCCUGUGAAACAGGAAGUCAUGGUUGAACAAUUUCCUGUUUCUAGUCACCAAGAUGUACAUUUUUUUUUUUUUUUUUUUUUAAAUAUCAAUGGGAAUGUACUUCAAAUAUAUGUUUCUUAUAUGAAUUCAUAGGGGUGCCAAUAAUUGUCACACAGCUAUAUUUAACAAAGAUUUUUUUAAAAUAAAUCUGUAUUUUGUUUGCAAUUGUUUGAGAUCCAUGAGAGCGGAGUAUUUUUGUGAAUUCUUUGAACAAAAGAUCAAAAGGUUAAACAAUAAAGACAAUUUUUCACAGCCUUCUUUGCUCAUAUUUAACAAGGGUGCCAAUAUUACUGGAGGGCACUGUAUACUGUGAUAUUCACAUCAUAUUUUCAUAUUAGAUUUAACAUUUAAAAUAUACUCUCAAUUAAUGUACGGUACAAUUGGCUCAAUUAAGCCAAAAUUUCUGCUUUUAUAGAGGUUAUUAAAUUCAUAAUUAUUAGCAUGGAAAUUUCUUGAUAAUUUACUAUUAAACCCCCUUUUCCAGUUUAUUUAAAAUAACGCAAAUGCCGCUGAAUGUCACAAUUCGAGGUUGAGCCAGAAGCAGGUGCAGAUAAUGACAUUUAUUUGAAGCAACGUACCGAGAAACAAAGACACUAAGACAACUUGACUACAACACACUGUGGCAAGAAACAAACACCAAGACAUAAACAUCAUGAGUCUUAAACACUACUUGGUAGAAUACUGUGGCAAAACUAAACAUAGACUAACAAGAUCAGGAAACAUGGAACACAGGAGUCUAAGACAACGAAAGACAAACAAACCGUGCAGACACAGACUAUAUAUACACAGGAGUGCUCAUUAACCAAAACGUGAAUCAGGUGCAGGUGGUCAUGUGACAACUAGUGCAGUGCAGUGGCUGAUGGGAAAUGGAGUCCAGAGUUUCUUGAUACGUGACAGAACCCUCCCCCAAGGGCGCUACUCCCGGAGUGCCCAAAAUUAUACGUCCUCCCUCUGGUGGUCCUGGUCCCCUGGGAUAAAUGUCCCCAGCAAAACCAGGAGGCCAGGCAGCUUCCACAAUGGCAUAGGGAGGCCGAGAUAUUUCCUCAGCUGAACAUGAAAGCGGGGCGAUGUCCUCGGCAGAGCAUGAAAGCGGGGCGAUGUCCUCCACGGGACAGGAGAGGGGAGCGAUGUGCUCCAUGAGACUCAAGGGGGGAGCGAGGUUCUCCGCGAGGCCAGGGAGAGGAGCGAGGUUCUCCGCGAGGCCAGGGAGAGGAGCGACAUCUUUAGCGGA